AUGUUCCGACACGGGAAGGUUCUUCACAAACGAGAGCCUCAGAACUCGGCUGCGCUCAGCUCCCUCCCUUCGAUUAUACCAAACCCAACGUCGGGUCUCCCGCAGUCAAUUGCUCCGAGUUCUGUUACCCCAGACCCAUCGGUGACCGUCCCAAUAGUCACGGCUCAGGCAGUGUCGGGACUCACCACCAUCACCGAAACACAGACCCUAGAACAGAGCCUCACCGGUCAAGGCAUUGAAACCACCUUCACCACCGAAAGAACCAGGACCAUCACCGACCCAGCCGAAUAUGCCUCCCUCACCUCAGCAGCUGCCGCUGCAUCCUCCACCUCGACAACUGUGCGGUCCUCGACGACAUCAGCUGCUGCAACCAGCAGUGCUGCUGCCCAUCAGUCCAGUUCCAACCUCGGCACUCUUAUCCCAGCCAUCGUUGUCCCUAUCGUCGUCGUAUUGCUAGCCUCGUUGGGUCUAUUUUGGUUCUUCAUGAGGCGGAGGCAUCAGAGAGAUCUGCACAUUGAACCGGAGUUUGUGAUGACGGGCAAGGGUGAAAAGCUGGGCAGCCGCUCGAGCAGCAGCAGGUCAACCACAUCUACUCCUAGAGGGUUUGAGAAAAAGUCUCCAGCAGUCACUCAAAAGGAGCUUCCGUCUGCCACCUCGCCAUCAACUCCCAUGUCCGAAUGGCCAUCCGCGCAGAUCGGUCUUGCUCGGCCACUCACCCCUCAAGAAUCGAAGCCUGCUAGACCGGAUCGGCCUGCUGACGAACCGAGAUCUCUAACCGUCAACUCUCCGUACCGAAAUAUGCGCGGGCCAUCCGCACCAGGGCGACCGUCGACGUCUGGACGAGGCGCACCACCGCCUUCAAGCUGGGAGCAAGUUUCAAACAGGAACAGAAGUAACAGCACGCCGGGCCAGCGUGGUCAACCUCCCACAUCACGCUCGGGCCCCAGUCCAAUCCCCAGGACAGCUCCGAGUCCAGUGCUGCGAAGCGGACCAAGUCCCGUACCUCAGCGGCAAAACCCUACAGAGUCUCCUCGACCGGGAGCAACGUCAGCUUUCCGCUUGCGGGAUCCUUCGCCUAACAUGAAUCUAAGCAACCGAGCACAGGCACCAUCGCGGCUUGAGGCCCCUCCACAGGGUGCUUUCAACGGCGCCUCGUCCAUAUCACAGUACUCCCCUAUCGUGAAGGAUACGCCAACCAUCGCAAAGCCACCUCCGAGUAAACGUCCGCCGCCACCCAUCAACACUGCCAACCUUGGACCUAAAGGGCACAAGUCACCCACUCCGGGCAGCCCUCCUGGUCAUGGAUUGACGGAGGAAAACCUGCGCAUUGCGCGACUGGCAAACUCUUCUCGUCUAGGUUAUACUCCUGGAGAGCCGUCCCCAUCACCUAAAUUGCCUCCCCCUGCCACUCGUUCGCAGUUGAUACCGCGAGAGAGUCCAAGAGAGCACCAAGAUCGCUUCUUUGGCGGGAGUGCAAACAAUCAAAUGAUCCAUCGUCCCCAGAGAGCUUCAAUCCAUUACGACGGAGCUCGAGCGAGCAUAGUGUCGGAUGCCGACGACUAUGAAGAUAUCGAGGCCAAAUCAGAUGUCAGCAGUCUUAAUGAGUUUGAGCGCUUCGACUUCGGCACCGACAUCAACGGUGGCAGGGGCAGUGCCGGCGGAGGCUCCUUAACCUUCUUUGCGGCACAAAACAGUCCAGCCAGUGACAGAGGAAGCGCCUUUGGAACCGGCGGGACUCAUGAGCGCUGGUGA